GGCCAAAUUUGUAUCCAACUCUCGCACAAGCCAACGGCGUCACGUGUAUCCAGCUUUCUGGCAAACCUUCGCAGAGCCGCGCAGAAGUCUCCGGCUGGCGCCAGACCCGCCUGGGAGCGGCAAGACAUUCCGCGCGGGCUCCCGAAUGUUUGUGCUCGUGCCCGAUUAUCCUGUCCGGAACUGUCGGGAAUAGCCCCGCGUCGGGGAUCUCGGCGGCACCACCGCGAGCCUGUCUGAGCCCCGAGGGGAAGGGGGCCGAUGGGCGACAUGCCGCCGCGGCAGCUCGUGCGCUGCGGGGCCACGCCGUGAGCCGCCGCGCGCGCGGCCGCGCCCCGCUCGUGGGGCGACGGGCUGCGGCCGCCGAGCGGAGGCGUGCGCCGGCCCUGCUGGUGGGGUCGCGCAGCCUGCGCGCGCCAUGGGCGCGGUCGGAAGAGGAUGCAGUCGCGGCACGGCGCCCGGGAGCAGUGCGCAGGGGGAGAAGGAGGAGGAGGAGGAGAAGGGGGGAACAACCCUAUGUGGUUGAGCCCUGCGAGGUGCGCGCAGGCCCUUGGACCGUUUGAGUCCUCAACUCGAAUUCGCGGUGCAGGUACAGAACACUCUAAACUGCUUUCUGGCAAACCUUCGCAGAGCCGCGCAGAAGUCUCCGGCUGGCGCCAGACCCGCCUGGGAGCGGCAAGACAUUCCGCGCGGGCUCCCGAAUGUUUGUGCUCGUGCCCGAUUAUCCUGUCCGGAACUGUCGGGAAUAGCCCCGCGUCGGGGAUCUCGGCGGCACCACCGCGAGCCUGUCUGAGCCCCGAGGGGAAGGGGGCCGAUGGGCGACAUGCCGCCGCGGCAGCUCGUGCGCUGCGGGGCCACGCCGUGAGCCGCCGCGCGCGCGGCCGCGCCCCGCUCGUGGGGCGACGGGCUGCGGCCGCCGAGCGGAGGCGUGCGCCGGCCCUGCUGGUGGGGUCGCGCAGCCUGCGCGCGCCAUGGGCGCGGUCGGAAGAGGAUGCAGUCGCGGCACGGCGCCCGGGAGCAGUGCGCAGGGGGAGAAGGAGGAGGAGGGAAGAAGGGGUAGGAGGGAGGAGGCGGCAGAUAGCACAGGCGGCAGCGUCGGAGAGACCGCGUGGCCGACGGGGGCGUCGCGGCAGAGCGCGGAAGCGGCAGCGGAGGCAGGCACCCCGCGCAGCGGAGGGCGGCAGGCCGCGCCGAAGGCCCCGGGUGGGGCCCAUGGAGGGCGCCGCGGCGCGGAGGCGUCGGGCCCCUCCUGGGCCGUCG